UGAGCGCCGGAAGUGGGGCCGAAGGAAAACACGGAGAGGGAGCCCGGCCGGGACAGGAAGAGGCUGGGGACCGCGGCGAAGGUGGUGAGUGUUCCUGGGCGCCUUCUCCCAACGUCCCUGCCAGACUCGCCUCCGGGCUGAUUCUCCAGUUGGUUUCCUGGACUCCAGAGUAGCUGUCCGGCCUGGCCCCGGAGGUGCAAAGUAAGAAAAUUGAAGUCAAAGACCAUGGGAGAUACAGCAAAACCUUAUUUCGUGAAGCGCACUAAAGACCGGGGGACUAUGGAUGAUGAUGACUUCAAAAGGGGUCACCCCCAACAAGAUUAUUUAAUAAUAGAUGACCAUGCUAAAGGCCAUGGCAGUAAAAUGGAAAAGGGCCUUCAAAAAAGAAAGAUAACACCAGGGAACUAUGGGAAUACCCCCAGAAAAGGACCAUGUGCUGUUUCCAGCAAUCCAUAUGCAUUUAAAAACCCAAUCUACAGUCAACCCGCUUGGAUGAAUGACAACCACAAAGAUCAGAGUAAGAGAUGGCUGUCUGAUGAACAUACUGGUAAUUCAGACAACUGGAGAGAAUUCAAACCUGGACCUAGAAUUCCUGUUAUAAACCGACAAAGAAAAGACUCCUUUCAAGAAAAUGAAGAUGGUUAUAGGUGGCAAGACACAAGAGGCUGCAGAACUGUAAGACGACUGUUUCAUAAAGACCUAACAAGCCUAGAAACCACGUCAGAAAUGGAAGCAGGAAGUCCUGAAAACAAGAAACAGAGGUCCAGACCUAGGAAGCCACGGAAGACUAGAAAUGAGGAAAAUGAGCAGGAUGGAGACUUGGAAGGCCCUGUGAUCGAUGAGUCUGUGCUUUCAACGAAGGAGCUGCUAGGCUUACAACAGGCUGAGGAGAGACUGAAGAGAGACUGCAUUGACAGGCUAAAAAGGCGACCACGAAACUACCCUACAGCAAAGUACACCUGCAGACUCUGUGAUGUUUUAAUUGAAUCCAUUGCAUUUGCCCAUAAGCAUAUCAAGGAAAAGAGGCACAAGAAAAACAUUAAGGAGAAGCAAGAGGAAGAGUUGCUCACUACGUUACCCCCACCAACACCCUCCCAGAUAAAUGCAGUUGGCAUUGCCAUUGACAAAGUGGUACAGGAAUUUGGCUUACACAAUGAGAACUUGGAACAGAGGUUAGAAAUUAAACGUAUCAUGGAAAAUGUGUUCCAACACAAGUUACCAGACCUUUGGCAUGAUGGGGAGGGGAGACAACUAUUUGGAGUCUAUUACUGUGAAAAUUUAAGGUCAGAUUGUUCCCUAAGAUUAUAUGGGUCAUCCUGUAGCAGAUUGGGUUUCAAAAAUUCGGAUGUAAACAUUGACAUCCAGUUUCCAGCCAUUAUGUCUCAGCCAGAUGUCCUCUUACUUGUUCAAGAAUGUUUAAAGAACAGUGACUCCUUUAUUGAUGUUGAUGCAGACUUCCAUGCUAGGGUGCCAGUAGUGGUGUGCAGAGAAAAGCAAAGUGGUCUUCUGUGUAAAGUGAGCGCAGGAAAUGAAAAUGCUUGUCUGACAACAAAGCAUUUAACUGCCCUUGGAAAACUAGAACCAAAGCUGGUUCCUUUGGUGAUUGCAUUUAGGUACUGGGCAAAGCUUUGCAGUAUAGAUCGCCCUGAAGAAGGAGGUCUGCCACCUUAUGUGUUUGCCCUGAUGGCCAUUUUCUUUCUUCAGCAGAGGAAAGAACCCCUUUUGCCUGUAUAUCUAGGAUCAUGGAUGGAGUUUCACUCUUGUUGCCCAGGCUGGAGUGCAAUGGCACCAUCUUGGCUCACUGCAACCUCUGCCUCCCAGAUUGAAGGAUUCUCAUUAAGCAAACUAGGGAAUUUCAACCUUCAAGACAUUGAAAAAGAUGUUGUGAUCUGGGAACAUACUGACAGUGCUGCAGGGGACACAGGCACAACAAAAGAAGAGGCACCAAGAGAAACGCCGAUUAAAAGGGGACAGGUGUCAUUAAUGUUGGAUGUGAAACACCAGCCUUCAGUACCAGUUGGGCAGCUCUGGGUGGAAUUGCUGCGAUUCUAUGCUUUAGAAUUUAAUUUGGCUGAUUUAGUGAUAAGUAUUCGUGUCAAAGAAUUGGUAUCUCGGGAAUUGAAGGAUUGGCCCAAAAAGCGCAUUGCCAUUGAAGAUCCCUACUCUGUUAAAAGAAAUGUGGCAAGAACCCUAAAUAGUCAACCUGUGUUUGAAUAUAUACUUCAUUGUUUAAGGACAACAUACAAGUAUUUUGCUCUUCCACACAAAAUUACAAAAUCCAGCCUUCCAAAGCCUCUGAAUGCAAUUACAUGUAUAUCAGAACAUUCUAAAGAAGUAAUAAAUCAUGAUCCAGAUGUACAAACAAAAGAUGAUAAGCUCAAAAACUCAGUUUUGGCCCAAAGUCCUGGUGCUACCAGUUCAGCUGCAAAUACCUGUAACGUACAGCCACUUACUCUUAAAGAGACUGCUGAAAGUUUUGGAAGCCCACCAAAAGAAGAAAUGGGAAAUGAACACAUCAGUGUCCACCCUGAAAACUCAGACUGUAUCCAAGCAGAUGUUAACUCUGAUGAUUACAAGGAUGUUAAAGUACACCAUCCAGAAACAGGAAGGAAAAACGAGAAAGAGAAAGUUGGAAGGAAGGGCAAGCAUCUGUUGACUGUUGAUCAGAAACGUGGAGAGCGUGUUGUCUGUGGCAGCACACGUAAUAAUGAGUCAGAGAGCACUUUGGAUUUAGAAGGCUUCCAAAAUCCCACAGCUAAAGAGUGUGAGGGACUUGCCACUUUAGAUAACAAGGCUGAUCUUGAUGGAGAAAGUACAGAAGGUACUGAGGAACUAGAAGACUCUCUAAACCACUUUACCCACUCAGUACAGGGCCAGACAUCAGAAAUGAUUCCCUCUGAUGAAGAGGAGGACGACGACGAAGAAGAGGAGGAGGAAGAAGAACCUAGGCUCACCAUUAACCAAAGGGAAGAUGAAGAUGGCAUGGCUAAUGAAGAUGAGUUAGACAACACCUACACUGGGUCAGGGGAUGAGGACGCCCUAUCUGAAGAGGAUGAUGAGUUAGGCGAGCCUGCUAAGUAUGAAGAUGUGAAAGAAUGUGGAAAACAUGUAGAAGGAGCUCUCCUAGUGGAACUUAAUAAAAUAAGUCUUAAGGAAGAAAAUGUAUGUGAAGAAAAUUCACCUGUGGAUCAGUCUGAUUUUUUUUAUGAAUUCAGUAAACUUAUCUUCACCAAAGGCAAGUCUCCUACAGUAGUGUGCAGCUUAUGCAAACGAGAGGGUCAUCUAAAGAAGGACUGUCCUGAAGACUUCAAAAGAAUCCAGCUAGAACCUCUGCCACCGUUAACACCCAAGUUUUUAAAUAUCUUAGAUCAAGUCUGUAUCCAGUGUUAUAAGGAUUUUUCUCCAACAAUUAUAGAAGAUCAGGCUCGUGAACAUAUUCGGCAAAACCUAGAAAGUUUCAUAAGACAGGACUUUCCAGGAACUAAAUUGAGCCUGUUUGGCUCCUCCAAAAAUGGAUUUGGGUUCAAACAGAGUGACCUUGACGUCUGUAUGACAAUUAAUGGACUUGAAACUGCUGAGGGAUUGGACUGUGUCAGAACUAUUGAAGAAUUAGCAAGAGUCCUCAGAAAACAUUCAGGUCUGAGAAACAUCUUACCUAUUACAACAGCAAAGGUGCCAAUUGUGAAGUUCUUCCAUUUGAGAAGUGGUCUGGAAGUAGAUAUCAGUUUGUAUAACACAUUGGCCCUUCAUAACACAAGGCUUUUAUCUGCUUAUUCUGCCAUUGAUCCCAGAGUGAAGUAUUUGUGCUAUACCAUGAAAGUAUUUACAAAGAUGUGUGAUAUUGGUGAUGCAUCUAGAGGCAGCUUAUCAUCGUAUGCAUAUACUCUUAUGGUGCUAUAUUUUCUCCAGCAGAGGAAUCCACCAGUCAUUCCUGUCCUUCAAGAGAUAUACAAAGGUGAAAAGAAACCUGAAAUAUUUGUUGAUGGCUGGAAUAUUUAUUUUUUUGAUCAAAUAGAUGAACUGCCUGCCUAUUGGCCAGAAUGUGGAAAAAAUACAGAAUCUGUUGGGCAGUUAUGGUUGGGCCUUCUUCGUUUCUACACAGAGGAAUUUGAUUUUAAAGAACAUGUUAUUAGCAUCAGGAGAAAAAGUCUGCUUACAACUUUUAAGAAACAGUGGACCUCAAAAUACAUUGUUAUUGAAGAUCCCUUCGAUUUGAAUCAUAAUCUUGGAGCUGGAUUAUCAAGGAAAAUGACAAAUUUUAUAAUGAAGGCUUUUAUCAAUGGUAGAAGAGUAUUUGGUAUUCCUGUCAAGGGGCUUCCAAAGGACUACCCCUCAAAAAUGGAAUACUUUUUUGAUCCAGAUGUGUUAACUGAAGGAGAGCUGGCCCCAAAUGAUAGAUGUUGUCGAAUUUGUGGAAAAAUCGGACACUUCAUGAAGGACUGUCCUAUGAGGAGAAAAGUAAGACGGCGGCGAGAUCAGGAAGAUGCCCUGAACCAAAGAUACCCUGAGAACAAGGAAAAAAGAAGCAAAGAGGACAAAGAAAUUCACAACAAGUACACAGAAAGGGAGGUGUCAACAAAAGAGGAUAAGCCCAUACAGUGCACACCUCAGAAAGCCAAGCCAAUGCGGGCAGCUGCUGACCUGGGGAGGGAGAAGAUCCUCAGGCCACCAGUAGAAAAAUGGAAGAGACAGGAUGACAAAGACUUAAGAGAAAAACGUUGUUUUAUUUGUGGAAGAGAAGGGCACAUUAAAAAGGAAUGCCCACAGUUUAAAGGCUCUUCAGGGUAUUACCAAGUCUUCCAGUGCCAGCAUUGUUCAAUUGAGAGAGAAAUAUAGAUGCUAGGCAUAUACCUAGAAAUGGCAUUGACAGUAAGUUACGAUUUCUGUAAUUAUCUUCUGAGUAAAAAACCUACAUAUUUAUAAAUCUUUUGAGCAACUGGAAAAAAAGUAUUAACUUAAAUUUACUACAGGAAAAAUGUAUUGCAAUAAUUAUGUUACUUUAUAUCAGAAAAGAGAAAACUUUUAUAGGUGGUUAAAAUCUAUCCUAUCCAAUAAAUCAGACUCUUCCAAAUAAGUAUAUGUCAGAUGAUAUAACUGUCUAGUUUAUCUGUGAUAUAUGUAUCCAAAUUAUCUAUGUUGUUAUAAAUGUGAACUGUGUCUCACCUGUAAGUGGUAUUAAUUUCCCCACAGCUCUUCCUUUCCAUAAUGCUAAGUAUGUCUUUGGCCCACUUGUAGUUUCUCAAGAAAGCAUGUUGAUACGGACAGCCCCUACUCUCAUAUAUGGUGUAUUGACCUUAGGCAAGAGAUGUGGUUUCUCUGAGCUCCAGAUGUGUCAUCUAUAAAAUUGGUGUUAACACCGUUCAUCUCAUAGGGUGCUAAGAAGAUUAAAGUACUGCCCAGAGUAGGCACUCAGUCAAGUUCUCUUUCCUCUCCUGAUGCCUACCCCCUUUCCUCUAGGUUGCAUAUAGUUCUUUACUCCCAAAGGAGAUCACAGUAGAUAGAAAAUCCCAUGAAUGUCCUUGCUCUUUGUUGUUACCUCCCUCCUCCUCUAUCCCCCACACACAAUGCCUUAGAUAUUCAGUAGGUUUUAUUGAUUAGAGGUGAACUUAUUUGGAAGGAAUAAAAAGACAAAGCAGGAGAAUGGUCAAGAACAUGAGUUUUAGAGUGAGACACUUGAGUUUGAAAUCCAGCCCAACCAUUUAAUAGUUGUGUGACCUCUGUCAAGUUAUGCAACCUCUCUGUGCCUCAGUUUCCUUUUUGGCAAAUUGGUGCUAACACCUCACAGGACUAUUGUAAGGAUUAAGAUAAAGCACUUAACACAGCAUCCGACACAUCUCAUCACUCAAUAAAUUAUCACUGCCCUUUGUUACUGUGGUUAACAAACACUUGCUGUAAUUUAUCUCUUCUAACUUACAGGACAAACAAGUAAUGGAAAUUUUUACAAAAGUAUGUGGAGAUUGUGGUGCCACAGUGAUAAACUGAUUUUUAUGCUUAAGUUAAUGACUCUGGUUUAUGUAUGACAAUUUAUUCAGUAUGAGAAUCUCAGAAAACUAAUGUUUUUUUCUAUUCCUUAAUCUUCCUACCCUUUUUUUGGUAAAGAAAAUUACCAAAAAAACAAAAAACAAAAAAAAAAACUACCUCUGUCUAUUUAUUUAUUCCAUUUUAAUCUCAUGGCUUGAAAUCUGAAAAAUUGGAGUUGCUGUAAGAGAUUGGUGGAUGUCUUUUUGCCCUCAUGGUGAUGUAUUCUUUUACAGCUUUUAUCAUUGACCAGAAUUUUAAAGCCUGCUUAUUUUAAAAAACGAAAACCAGUGUUCUUUAUGAUAAUAAGCUUAAAAUAAUAGAAAUACUUUUUAAAAUAGUAUGGGGAGAGCUCAUUGUCGGUGAAUAUAGAUCAUUCUUGUUGAUACCCUUCUUUGAAUAUUCUAGUGUAUUAAUAUACCAUUGUUUAUUUAAUCAUGUCUUAUUAAUGGACUGGCUGUUUUCACAUAUUUGAUAUAACAAGUGUCUUCACAACUUGUGGUUGCAUAUUCUUUCCCAAAAUAUUGAAAGUCCAUAUAUUUCCUUGUACAUUUUUAAAGUUGAUAUCUAAAUCUUUCAUUGUAGUUGCAAAGCAUGUAAUUUCUUGGGGGAGGGGGGCUAUAAAUAUUGACGUUUUAAAAUAAAACUUUUAAAUCAG